CAAUGAUCUUUGAUUUGUAUUAAAAAGCAUGUUGAUAUACAUCCGGCGCAAUUAGUCAAACUUUAAAAUAAUUUGCAUUUAUGAAUUGGUGUCGAUGUCGUUUAUUUGAUAAAUAUUUUAAUUUGGUUCGUUUGUUUCGGUUCGUUUAUGCAUUCAUUGCGAUUUAGUCAACCGAUUAAAAUAGUGCUUCAUUUAUCAACAACAUCAAACAAGAGAAUAUAGAAGACAUACCAAGGACUGUUUGUAUGGACAAGAUACCAAAAAAUUUCUGUUUUUUCCGUAAUUCUCCUUCAACUAUUCCAUGCCAUCAACAAUUACCAGUGCCGAUGAAGCAGUGGAACCCGAACAAUGUUAUGGCCCACCACCUUUCGACUUUCGAACGAGCCCGGACAGUUGCUGCAAAAAACCAAUUUUCAAAGCAGAAGUUCGUGAUUGCUUGAAGACGGCACGUGAGGCCAUACAUAAACGUUAUUAUGAGGCGCCAGCCAAAAAUAGUGAAAUUAAAACCGACGCUGAAAACAGCGGCGAUGUAGAGUGCUUGGCCACUUGUCUUUCCAGCGAUGACAUUUUCAAAGACGAUAAAAUCAACCGAGACGAAUUGAUUAAAGCUCUUGAAACGCAAACCGAAGAUAAAGCGUGGACGUCUAUUCAUGCCGAUGCGGUCGAUAAGUGCAUCGAAGUUUUAAAGCCGGAUUUGAAAGAAAUUGAAGCGGAUAGUACUGCAGGGCGCAAGUGUAAUCGCGUAGCUGUCUUGACGAUGAUCUGUUUAAAUGGCCAAUAUUUCGCUAGGUGUCCGGAGACGCAUUUCCAAAAUGACAAUCAAAAUUGUAAGAAGUUCCAAGAGCAUAUUAAAACGUGUCCAAUGCCUAGGGGAGGUCCAUUUGGCCGUGGUUUUCCGGAUAAAAAAGGUGGAUUUGGUCCAGGAUCUGGAGGACAAUUUGGACGUGGACAUUUUGGUCCUGGACGAUUCGGCCCUGGGCAAUUUGGUCCUGGACAGUUCGGCCCUGGACAUUUCGGCCCUGGACAUUUCGGCCCUGGACAUUUCGGUAAGGGACCUGAUUUCGCAACAGGAGACGUGUUCGGUUUCUUGUAAUGUUUUACCACAUUUUCGUGAAUAAAAGCCUGAAGGAAAGACCAAACAUUCAUUUAAUGUCAUCGAAUCCUAUGGUCGCCUAUAAAGGAAAUAGAAAUACAAAACAAACCUGGGCGACAUAA